AUGUCGACUGCCGAAGAACGUCGUCAGCGAAUUCUUGCAAAUUCCCAAGCACGUCUCGCUAAGCUUCGAGAUGUGACUCUAAACGAAGAUGCUGCAAAAAUACAACCAAUGGCGCCUGUUUCUGAAGAAGCACCAGUUGAACUUCUACAACGAACUGAUGAAAUCUUACGAUCUACUCCUCCUCUACAAACGACGGCCAGCAAACAACAAUCAUCAUCAUCAUCAAUAUUUUCAACAAUUGCAUCGGCAACAAACAUGAUGAAUACAUUCACAUCAUCGUCGCAAACCAAACCUACACCUGAGAUUACCAAAGACACCAUUCUCGUUGAUAAACAGCAUCUUCUCGUGCUAGUCUUGGGAAUUCUCGUCAAUCUUCUAUAUUCGUUCUAUAUAUCAUCUCAAUCGAACUUUUUCUUUUUGGUUUACUUUACGGCUUGUACAUGCAUUUUGACGUCUCGUUAUUAUAUGAUGGAUAUGAAACAUCGAACAAAUGUAUUGAUCACAACAGCAAUGAUGUCAGGUUUUAAACCUGAAUUAAUGAAGAAAGUGGUUUUGAUUUAUACACUUGUAUGCGAUGCUUGGGUUAUAUUUGCCUUUUAUUUCGUCUCUUUUUCUUUAACACAUGUGAUAUGCUCACUGUUGAAAAACUAA